AUGCCCGAAGUUAUCAGCCUCUUGUCGUCCCCCGAGGACGGGCGAUCAAACAAGACUGAGCAGCCAUCAACAGCAACGUUUGACCGACUAUCUGACCACCCACCUCGUGCUUCUCGCAUUGCUAUCCUCUCUGAUGAUUCAAUAUUUGAUUGGGGGAACCCAACCCCGGCCAAAAAGCGCAGAUUGAGCCCAGAAUUGGACCCGAGCCCACCAAAUGGACCAACUCCUUCUCCGAAAACAAAUCACAUUGACUUGGAAGAAAGCAUUAUAUUUUCCCCGGUACCCCGACUUAACAGUAAUAAAACGGUGACUGCGAAUAGUAGUAAGUGGAAUGGUGACAUCUCAGAUCCGAUCGAAUUCACCUCGCCCGCCGUGGAUUCGACAACGGCAAAUAGAGCUGAGAAUCGAGCAUCAACCUCAUACGAUGUAAUAACCAUAGACGACAGUAUUGUGGAAUUCGAUGAGCCGUCAUCCCCUGGAGGCCCCUGGAAUGCUUUACCAUUGGCUCCUUCGAGCUCUAAUUUGUCUAACAGAACGGCCAGCCUACUCUCACGGAUUCAACAAAGUUCGUCAACAGAACCUAGCAAAUUCAACCAGAAGGGAGUUAGUGCGUCUACGUCCAAAUCUAUAUCCUGUACUUCGAAAAUCCGUUCUCCAAAACCAAGUCAGACAUUGGACUUCGAUGACGAUGAAUCUCUUUCUCUUACGAUUACAACGUCUAAAUCAAAACGAGCUCCAAAGGCAUCCACCUCUAACAAAGAAGCCCGGGAAGCCGAAAAAUUGGCUGCGAGAGUACUCCGUGAAAGGGAUAAAGCGGAAGAAAAAGAACGCAAGCGAAAACUGAAGGAACAAAAGGCAAAGGAGAAGCAACUCGCAACUGACCUUGCAGAAGCAAACAAGGGGAAGCUAAAUAAGAAGGCUUCUACCCCAGAAAUGAUUAUAGACAUGUCUUCCACUUUUGAGGGCUCCACCGUUGGAAAUCAAGUUACAGAGUAUAUGAGGCAUCUUGGGGUGGAAUACCAUUUCGUCUCUACUCGCAUGGCCGAUAUUGUUACUUGGAGGAGGAAAAUAACCGCCCAAUAUAAUGAGGAGGCAGGACACUGGGAGCCCUGUCCACUUACAAUUAAAAAAGAAGACCAUGUUUUAUGCCACCUACUGGCUCAGCAGUUUGUCGACAUGACCGUAGCGACCACAGGCAAUGGCACUCUCGAAUCUCAUGUUUUUGAGAUGAAACGUAGUUAUCCAGGAUGCAAACUAAUUUAUCUCAUUGAGGGCUUAACUGUCUGGAUGAGGAAGAACAAUAAUUCAAAGAACAGAGCAUACCAAGCAUCGGUCCUUCGAGACUUAGACGGCCCUUCCCAACCUCAACCAUUACAUCCGCCUAAACGCGGAAGAAAGCCCAAACAAACCGCAACACCACCUCCACCAGUCGAUGAUGAUACAAUCGAAGAUGCUCUCCUCCAACUCCAAGUGCAACAUGAAUGUUUAAUUCAGCACACGGGAGUGCCAUCCGAAUCUGCAGAGUGGAUCAAGAACUUCACAGAACAUAUAUCCACAGUUCCGUACCGGCACGAGAUGAUAAAUCGGCAUGAUGCUUCAUUCUGCAUGGACGUCGGUCAGGUGAGGACGGGUGAGGAUAACGCAGACACGUAUGUCAAGAUGUUGCAGGAGAUCCAACGUGUUACGGCCCCGAUAUCUUACGGGAUCACAAUGCAAUAUCCCACCGUAGGGGAGCUGGUGAGGGAAUUGAAGGAGCAGGGGCCUCUCCUUCUAGAGAAUGUCAAAAAAUGCACAAACAAAAGCGGUACUUUGUCGGAUGGUCGUAUUGGUCCUGCCAUAAGCAAACGCCUUCACAAGGUGUUUACGAGCUUGAAUCCGGCGUCGACUGAUGCAUAA